AACACCCCAAGCAAGACGACACAACUCGCGCCAUGAAGCGCUCCUUCCAGAACGCCUUUGGCAAAGGUGGAGGCCAAUGGCAGCCGCCGCCCGGCUGGCGACCUCCGCAGGCGAUGGCCAUUCCCGGCGUCUGCGGCGCAAAAGUGGGCGAGGUGCGCUUCGAGGCUUGGGAGGCGGCGCAGAAAGCGCUGCAGGAGCUGGACGGCUUGGAGCUCAUGGGCCGACAGGUUCGGGUGAAGGCAGAUAUGACCUCACAGGACCAGACCAAGGUCUUAGCCAUCAACCUGCCGCCGGACUGCGGCUGGCAGGACUUGAAGGACUUCAUGCGGGUCGCAGGCCCUGUGGCCUUCGUGCAGGUGAAAGGUGUGCCCGGCACGCCUGAAGCCUCCGUCAAUCCCGCGGGGCCUGUGGGUGAGGUGCGCUUUCAGGCGUUCGAGCAUGCGGUCCAAGCACUCGGGAUGAAUGGGCAGUUCAUCGGUGGGCAACAAGUUUCCGUUGAGCUCGACCCUAUGAACCAGUCCAAGGUGCGGGUCACCGGCUUGCAACCCAGUUUCAGCUGGCAGGAGUUGAAGGACCAUUUCCAGCGCAUCGGGCCAGUGGCGUAUGCGAGCUUUUCAGGCGGGCAAGCGGCUGCAAGUGCGGCGCUUGCGGCAAGCGCGGCGGCAAGCGCGGCUGCAAGCGCGGCAGACGGGAAGGUGCGCCCUACCCAGGCCCAACGCGCCAGCGCGGUGGGCGAGGUGCGCUACGAGAGCCCGGAGAGCGCGAUUCUGGCGGAGCAGCUGUCGCUCAGCAUGCAGGGCCAGCAGCUCUUAGUGAAGGCGGAUUUGACCUCAAAGGACGGGACCAAGGUCUUGGUCAUGGGUUUGCCCGGGAACUGCAGCUGGCAGGAGCUGAGGGACACCAUGGCCGUCGCAGGGGCCGUGGCCUUCACCAAGGUAGAGGAUCAUGGGGCGGCCUUUCAGCCGCAGGAGCGAAGCUUUCCUCGUGCCACCAUACCCGCCCUAAGACCAACGAUCCGCCCCGCGCAGGCCGGUGCGCCGAUGACUGUGCCCCCGCGUGCCGACAGGCAGUGGCCGGGAUGGAGUGGAUGGAGCGGAUGCAGCUGAGAAGUCGCUCGAAGGUAUGCGAAUCGAGUCAGCGCGAAUGAUUCGGCG